AUGGACCGUGAUCUAUUUGAUUUUCUUGAUAAUUUAGACACAACUGAUACUAUAUUUGAUAUAAAUCGUAGUCGAAGACCUAAAAUAUAUCGAAAACGACCAAAUUAUUUCAACGAUUUCGAUGAAAUAGAUUUUUUCCGAAGAUAUAGGUUAUCUAAAUCAACAGUGAUAUAUUUGUUGGAAAAAAUUGAACAUAUUUUGGAAUUUCCUGAUAAUAGGAACAAUUCCAUACCACCCAUAAAUCAAUUAUUAAUAGCUUUAAGAUAUUAUGCCACAGGCAAUCACUUGCUUGCUGUGGCUGAUAUGGGUGGUACUAGUUUGGCUACAUCCAGCCGGAUAGUAAAGAGAGUGUCUCAAGCAAUUGUUUCCCUACGUCGAGAAUUCAUUAUAUUUCCUGAUACAAACAGAGACCAAGACAGAGUUAAGAUAGACUUCUAUGAUAUAGCUAGAUUCCCUAAUGUACUAGGCUGUAUUGAUUGCACACAUGUAAAAAUUCAGUCACCAGGUGGAGAUGAUGCUGAACUAUUUAGAAACAGGAAAGGCUACAUGUCCAUAAAUGUCCAAACAAUUGCAUCAGCAAAGUUGUUGGUCCAGGAUGUUGUUGCACGCUGGCCAGGCUCUACACAUGACUCAGCAAUUUACCAAAAUAGCUAUAUUUAUAGAAAGUUUGAAAGAGGGGAGUAUGGAGACAGCCAUUUACUUGGGGAUAGUGGCUAUCCCUUAAAGCCUCAUCUCUUGACACCUUAUCUCAACCCUACAACAAGUGGAGAACGAAAAUAUAAUGAGGCCCACAUUAGAACACGAAAUGUGGUGGAACGGCAAUAUGGUGUGCUAAAACGAAGGUUUCCAGUACUUGCGGUUGGAAUUCGUUUAGCUUUAAACAAUGCCAUUAAUGUCAUUAUAGCUUGCUGUAUCUUGCAUAAUAUAUGCAUAUUAAGAAAUGAGCAACAGCCUGUGAAUAAUGAUGAUGUGCCUAACCUGGAAGAGCUAAUUGCAAGGGGACAAAUAAAUAAUAUGGCAUUUUCUGACAGACCUUCUUUGUCAUAUGGAUUUCGCAGAAAUCAAAUUACACAAUAUUUUGAUAAUUUAUAA